ACCCUACCUUCUUACCCCAGAGAGGAAGAUGAGUAACCCGCAGCCAGGAUUGCUAAAUCAUGGCAACAUUUAUGGAACGGUUAGCUUUCCUUCAGAAAGUAAGUGUUGUAUACAAAGAUUAUUUGUUGUAUAAGCUAAAGAGUAAGAGAUUAAAGAGGCACUGCCAAUAUGACGUGCGGAGACGCCUAUGUUUUGAGCUGUUUGAGUAGUGCCAUCAGUAGCCUGCUAACUGGAGCUAGCUUACAGUGUGAAAAACAAUGAGAAUAUUCUCUUUAUGUUAUGAUGUAGUUUAUUCACAUCUUACAGUACUACAACAGGAACAUUAGGGCGCUGAGAACCAAUACUGAUUAAACUGCCUGUUUAGUCUGAAGUAAUCUGAUGUUGACUCUGGUGUCGUGACACCUUGGUGUUCAUAUUAGUGUGCUUCAUCUCUCAGCUUUAAAGUAAACAACUUUAAUCAUAUUCAGGUGCUUGUCAUCAAACUCUCUGACCAACAACUUAAAAUGUAAUUUCCCCAUGUCAUUUCCACCCACCAAAGGUCCCAACUCUGAUGAAGGCUACUGCAGAUGAUGAAAACCCCUGUCCUGGCUACCUUUUUCAGGAGAUUGGAAGUAUCCUUCAGCAGCCUCAGUUUUGGUUCAACCAGCAUCUGCAUCUUCUAAAGAUGACAUGACUAUGACAUAGGAUUUUAAACUAAUUUAGUUUAUGUCCUCUGGAUCCUGAAUCUACAGUGUCUUAGCAUCUUUGUAAGAUUUAGGGGUCUGGGUCUUUGUGUCUCUAAGAUGUUUUGUCGUGCUGUUAAAGUGUUAUGGUUGCAGCCUGCUACUACACAGUUGUUUACUACUUGAUGCUAAUUCAGCACAUGAUUGGUUCAGCAGGAAGUGGAUCAGGAGCAACUCCCCUGUUCAUUGGCUAUUUGUAUAGUCUACCAAAACAUGUCAGAAUGCUGACUAUUGAAAAGCAUUUUGAUAUUGAGGAAAAUUAAUUUUCUAUAUAUACUGUUAUUGUUUUAUCUCCCAACCCUAGCUGAGAUCAGUUUCAAAGUUAAGGAAUAAGUCACAGACACUCUCAAGUUUAUCAGUAUUUUGAGCCACAAACAAAGCUUUCCAGAAACCUAAAUUUAAGGUAAAAACUAGAAUGAGAAUCUAUUUGGAGCCAAAUCCAAAGGCAAGACAGGAUAGAUGCUCUGAAGACUUUAAUAUUUUAUCAGUUGUUUUGUUGUUCAUGUAUCAAACCCACUCGAUGAGAAUGUAAAUACUGAAUAUAUGACACUCUUGAGUAUUCCCUAACCAUCAUCACAUUGUAGAAAUCUCCCAUGAGUCUUCUGGUUGUGGUCAGUGUUUGUUGGAGUACCUUCUGGAGAGGCUGCAGGUGGAAUCCUGUCACGUCAAAAUCAAGGUAAAAACAGUGUUUUCAUUUCCAGAAUAAUGUUAUGUUUUCUCUUUUUCUGUACGCUGUUUGAAUAACUCAGGAUUCUGUUCAUGCUUUUUUUUAUGUGUCAGGUGCUGAAGAUCUUUGUCCAUCUUUGCGGUCAUGGCUCAAACCAUUUCCUCACAGAACUCCGGAGGAACUCCACCUUCAUCCAGCAGGCAUCAGGUUUGACAUUUUAAAUGUUGGAUUAAUUUAUACUUGAGUUCUCUCAGACCUCUCCUCUGAGUUGAUUCUAACUUACUAUUUGGUUUCCUGCUCUUUAAGUGUACAGCGGCCCUCCUGAUCCUAUCCACGGCACAGCGUUAUACCAGAAAGUGAGGAAUACAGCACAGGUAAGACACAGGUGUUAUCAAUCAUCAGUCAAUUAAAUAUAUUUGACAGGACAGCUGUUCAUUUUUUUCCCUUUCUCUUUUCACAGGAAGUAGCCAGGCUACUUUUUACAGAAACACUAACAGCUAAAAGUGACAUACUCACUACAAACCAAGUCUCCCAAACAAUGGGUGAGUGUUAGAUUAAGUGUUUAUAUAAUAAUAAAGACAGAACUCUACUUUAUUGAAAAAGGCUUUCUCAUCAAGACUUGGAGUAACAGAUUCAAGUUUUUUAAACUCAUUACCUUAAUGUUAGAAAAUCAAAAUAGGAUUAAUCAUACACGAGCUUAAACAACUAUAUUAAAGCUCUAUUCAAAAUAACUUGUGUUUUAAAACUCUGUAUACAGUAUGGGUUCUACGUGUUUCUAUCCAGGUAUGGGCUCAGGAACUUCCCACAGGUCAGGAAUGCAGGGCUUUGGUUACAGUCCGGGAAAGCAGGGGACAGGUGAGUGACACACACGCAUACGCACACUCCUCAAAAACACUCGCACACUCUCAGCGAAGCUUCUGCGAUUAGGAUUCUGUCUUUACCUUUCUGCCUGUCCUGGUUUCUCUCAGCAGGCAGUGACUCACUGCUGGACAAGAUCCAGAAAGCUGCAGAGGUCGUGGCUAGUGCUGUGCUUCCUCCCACUGAACACCAGGGCAUCCGUCUCCACGACAACCAUUACAGGGCUGUGGUUGCGCCCUCUGCACCCAUAGAGGUGGCCGUGCCUGCGUGUGCCUACAAUCUGCCUGCCCGCAGACCAAAAGGUAAAACAUCCAUGAUUUUGAUCUAACCUUUAAAAGCAUUAAUUCCAGCAAACUGUUAGUCCCCUUGAAAAUUUUCAGUGUAUUUACCGUAGCUUUUUUUGAGAAAGGUGAAAGAACAGUAUAUUCAAAUAAAAUAAGAAUUAUCACAACACCAAAAUAUCUAUAAUUACUCAAUCUACACAUGCACACACUUAAAGUCAUCAAUACUAUACCUGUCUUACAAUUUCAUAUUGUGAUCAAAUUUUGUGUAGUUCUCAUGUGACAAGUGUAUUGUAAUUAUAGCUGAUUCAAAGGAGUUUAAGUUAAACAUUUCUGCGCUAUGUAGCAAAGUUUAAGUUCACUGUUGUAUACAAUAGAAUCCAUUUUCACAGCUCACAGCUUUGAGGUACCUCUGUUAAAUUACUUGUUUGUCUCUACCAGUGACAAUCUUAAUCCUCUAGCAGAAAAGAAAAAAGUACUUCUGCACAAAUGUUUUUUUCAAAUAUUGGUGUAUGAAUUUACUCAGUCACCUACAAUAUAGCAAAGUUCACAAGACAGAAAAUGGUCUUAACUAUUAAAGAGACUCUUCAUUUAUUUCCUUCACAUGAUAUAGACGUCACUAACGUUGGCUAUCAACUGGCUGUACUCUUGAUAUGACACUCCUGAUCAUUUGUGGAAAAGUGAGCUACAGUGUAUAUUCAGAACAGAAUAAAAUUGCCAAUAACUAAUAAAGACACAUUUCCCCUUAUGAUGAAUAUAAAUGCAAGAACUCUAUAAGAUCCUUCAAAUAAGCAAAAUAACAACUUAUCUGUAGGGUCAAAUAUAAGGCCUGAAAAGAAAUAGACACAGGGAGUCGAUUAAACAUUCAAGUAUGAAAUAAAGAGAAAGACCAUCCUAGCUCGAUGCAGUGUGCUUUAUGACUUGGGUCAAGAUCCCUCAUGAUGGUGUAUAUUCUGUUCAGGACUGAGCCAGCGAUGCCCAGGUCAGGUAGGAGGCGGCUGGGAGGAGACUGACAGUGGCACAUGCUCCUCUCACAACUCCUCUCAGGAUAUUGUAGCUAACAGCAGAGCCUCUGUGGGCAGCAAGUCAGCUGGGACAGGGAGCCAAUCAGGGGCAAGCAGAGAGAGCAGCGGGGACCUAUCAGAAAGGUGAGCACCAAAGCUAAACAAGCCUGACUGAAUCACAGUGUAGGCACAUUCAAGGAGGUGAUUAAAUGAUAUCAGACUACAUGAUGUCUGUCCGGUCUGCAGGGUGGAAGCGUUGCAGUUGGGGGACUGCGGCCAGGAGGUGGCGCUCAUCAACAAACUGACUGAGGGAUCGAGAGUGUUCCUGACCAGAGAGGAGAGUCAGCACUUUAUCAAAGAGUCAGUUCAGCUUGGAUCAGCUGUUUAUGCUCUUUGUUUCAUUGUGAGCUUCAUUAUUUGUUUCUAUGUGCUAUAUUUAUCCUACCAACUCUUUCAGGUGCUCCAUUCUUAACUGCGAGGUCGUGCUGGAGUUGCUCUCAGCCAAACUUCAAGAUCCUUCAAACAUCAUCAAGAUGGUAAAAACACGAAGGACCCACCAGUUUUGUUUUUGACGUGAUGCAACACUUUAAUCAAUGUCUUUGUUUUCCACCAAUUUAUCAGCGGGCCCUGUGUGCUGUGUCAUGCCUCAUGACCUCCGACCUCCUCUCUCUUGAGCAAAUGUUCGGAGUGACACAACGAAGACUCAGACAGCUUAGUGAGGGUGCUCCAGGACCUGUGGCCAACAAAGCCACCAAGGUGAAGGGAUAGAACUGAGAAAGCUGUGCACGAUCCAGCGCUGAUAGGACAGAACUAGAACAUAUAAGCAUUGAGGGUGUGUUUACUUUUAUUCUUAUCUCCUCUAACCAGAUCCUCCGCCAAUUUGAGGCUCUUGUGGGUGGAUGUUUACACCCUCCGAGGCAGGAUACAGCAAACAGCAGCCACCAGACACCAACCAAUCAGCUUCCAACGUCUACAUACUCAGACCCUUUAAUACCAACCUGCCCUGCUGUCAACACAAACCUCAACCAUCAUCAGCCGGAUAAUUCGCCAGCAGAUGUCAACCAAACACCAAAUCUCCCAUCUUCUUCUUCUGCUCUUGUCACAGACCCGAGAGACUCCUCAGUGGUGUUUGAUGACAGUAAUGCAGAGAGACUUUCUACAGUUCAAAACGAAUUGGUGCAAAACCACGUUGAGUCGGUCAGGACUGCUGAGGAUGAAUUAGUUCCUGGGGAAUCUGAGCUGGAUUUAAACAGGGGUUCUUCCCCUCCAGCUGAGUCCCAGAAGGAGCAGCCUUGUCUGAGCAGACUGUCCCUUUUCAGCGGUAUGGAGCUGGUAACAAAGUCAAGGCCCCUGUGUGAAAGAGAGACCUCACAGACAGAGACAAACAAAUCAGACGACGACUUCAGUGAAAAUUUGUCCGUUCAGAACAGUAUAAAUAAACCCAGUGACAAAAGUCCUUCAGUUUGCAGCUCAGUAGCAUCUGUUAGCAGCCAACCAUUGUCUGCCUUCUCAUUUCUCAACUUUUGACCAACUUUGAACAGCUUGUGCUGUAAGAGUUAAUCCAAUGAUGUCAUUAUGUCAAUCCUGUUAGGAACCUUUUUAUUUUUCAAGCUAAAAUUAGAUGUCUAUGGUUUUAACUAUAUCACAAAAGAAGAUUCAAAUAACGUUUGGCUGAUCUGUUCUUAUCUGUUUGGUGCCUCUUUUGGGUUGAUAACUUGAGAUGGAGAAUUCAUAAUUGUAAUCAUAAGACUACGGAUGUGUGUAAACCAACCACUCCCCUCACAUGUAGAAUAUAAAGACUGGUUUGGAGGCUGCGUUGCAGUUUGGCUGAGGUCUGGUUUACAAAAGUAUGUCCUGAGAGCGGUUGUGUUGAAUUACAGGUUUUGAUUGACAGUUGUUUUAUCUCAGGAUUCCUUUUAGCCAACUGGAACAACUUGGACACCUCCGCAGCACGCUCUACACCUCUGAGGGAUAACCUCUUUUAUUUGUACUUUGCACUACAGUUGCUUUUCUUAUAAACUACGAAAGGAGUUGUCUUCCAUAUUUUUUGGUACUAAGCUAUUAUGUUGAUGUAAAUAUUGUCUAAGUUUACAAAUUAUUUAUUACGUCUACCCUGUAUCGAUCAGUCCAUACCUGUAAGAGUGGUGGAAGAGUGCAUGUUAACGAUCAAAGCUGUUUGGUGACCUGAUGGGGGAAAAUAUUGAGAAUCUGUUGUGUGUAAUGUGUGAAAGAACAUCUACAAUCUGCAUAAUGCAAACAGUCGGUUGCUCGUGUGACCAAAUAAAAGUGGAUUAUGUUCAUUAAUAGACCAUUGUUAAUGCAGAACAAGCUCCAUACACACAGAGUAGUAAUCCAACCUUCUAAUGAAUGCAAUGUUAACUACUCAUGUGUUGUCUCUCAGUGGACAUGAGGUGUGCUGUAAAACAAUAAAACCUGCUGUAUUUUUGUUACAGCGCUCAACACUA